AUGUCAACCGACUGGCGCGUCGAGUAUUCCAAGGCCGUGGCGGUCGAGGACGCGCGCACGACACUACAGGUACAUAGCGAGACGCAGCCAGACAAAGUGCUGGCGUUUGUGGACGUGUUGCUGGCUCAGGAAGGCGGGGAGUGGUGGUUGAAGCUCCAGCCUCGAGUCAAACAGACCGCUCAGCGCCGCUCGAGCAGUGCUGGCCAAGCAGCAGCAGUGGCAGCUGAGCUGACCGAGUUGGACAGGAAACAGCUCAAGAAGUUGAAGACGCGACUGGCUGCAGUAGGGACCGAGUUGCUCGUGCAGCUGCCGGCGCUGGACGCGUCGGUGGGUCGGAACGGACCGCUGCGACGCGCUAAAGUGCGAGUGCUGCAGCUGCAGCUCGUGUGUCGCAUACUGCGCUACGGCGCGUUGACAGGCAAUGAACGUCGAGCAGAAAAGAAGCUGUUGAAGAAGGAGAUUCGGGGCUUACUGGACCGUGUGGCGCUGCUGCUGGACGCGGCGAAUCCGCCGCCUUUGACGGACGACGACGCGGCAGAACGCUCGCCGUUUCAAGCGUUUCUCGAGCACCACUUGGGGUCCAGACUAAUGGUGCUGGUGCCCGAGCUGGUGCGGUAUCUGCUCAAGGCCUACGAGCAGGGUGAUGACGAUGAAGGCGACAGGGGGAUCGGAGGGGACGGGAACUGUGUAGUGAACGCUGUGCUGUCUACGUCCGUGACGAAGGUGCCUUCGUGUUCACUGCGUGAAAAGCCGACCUCGGCGAUGGCUGGCAACGAUAGCAUUCUGUCGGCAUUACGCCAAGAGCGGUCAGUAAAACGCGAGCGUCCCAGUGCGAGCGAGGCGUUCAAGGAAGUCCUACUGCCGCAUCAGCUGAAGCAGAAGCCAAUGCAGUCGCGACCUCGUAAAUCGGGGCGAAGAUUACUACGUCAUUGCAGCAGCCCUGAAAGGAGUCAAAGCACAACGAUUGGCACGCCAGCAAGUGCGGCAUCGGUCCCAAAGUGCAAGACGGAGGGCUCGUCGACAGCGGACCAAUGCAGCGUGCCUGGUUCGUUGUGCCGGGCCGCUGCGAAGACACACACAACACCUCUUUUUGAUGCAAGCAUGCCGGGACACUGUCGGUUACAGUCUUCUGCGUCCUCGUCGACAAAACCUGUUGUUCCGAGUGACCCAUCAGUUCCGACCAAACGAAUUCGGGUAUUGCCCAAAUCUACCUCAAGCCGAACGGUGAGUACUUCUUCAGUUGUUGGGCGCACUCCAGAACGACCAAAGCAGUUGGCUGCGCGAGGUACCAGGGUUUUAGUCGAGGCAUCCCCUCCACUGUGCAGGCCUAACACAGCCAGAAGUUCUGCCAUGCGUCUUCUUCAGCCGAAAACAUCACGACGAGGUGCAAUUCCUCCGCCACUUUUCCAGUAA